CACUAUUGUUCUCCUCCACGUAAAUAAUUUACGGUCUUGAACAUACAGCAGCUGCCAUAUCUAAACUUAACAACUAACUUAUCAAAACGUUCCUUCUCUUCCCUCCAAUUUAUACCAAAAGUCGGUAAAUUCGUAACAGAAUUGUAUGAAGCGAAAUCAGCUUUUGUGAAUUAGGUGAGAGGUGACGUAGCGCCUUCUUAAAACAAAUGCUGAGGCUCCAUGUAUAUUGUACUCCAAUUGCUGGAUGCAGACAGAUUAAAUUGGGUAUUAAACAUGGGUCGUGUCUGAUUAAGAAUCAUAAAGAGUGGAGAAUUUUACGAAAUGUUUCAGUCAAAGCUCUAAGAGAUGAACAAAAUGAAGGUAUGAGAGGGUUACCAAGUCAGAGCUGGGAUCCAGGCUUGGAGAUCGAGGUUCCAUUUGAGCAGAGACCGGUCAAUGAGUACUCAUCUUUGAAGGAAGCAAGCCUGUACUCCUGGGCUGAGUUGAGUCCACCUUCCUUUUUCCAGCGGCUCGGAGGUAUGUGGUUAACAACUUUUACAAUACUGGGGAUGCCAGUUGCAGCUGCUAGCUUCAAUCCUUCCAAGGAACCUCUAAGAUUUUUAUUAGCUUCAGGAACAGGAACCCUAUUUCUGGUGUCGCUGAUUGUACUGAGGAUCUAUCUGGGAUGGAGCUAUGUAGGCGAUAGGCUUUUAUCAGCAGUAGUACCCUAUGAAGAGAGUGGAUGGUAUGAUGGACAAAUGUGGGUGAAGCCACCAGAGGUUCUUGCUCGUGAUAGGCUGCUGGGAUCCUAUAAGGUGAAACCGGUAAUCAAAAUGUUGAAGCAAACGCUGGUUGGAACUGGGGCACUGCUUGUAUCUGGAGUCUUGCUAUUUAUCUUUGCCACACCAGUGCAGAAUUAUUUCCAAGCCAUUUUCACCACAAAAGACAUUUCUCAGGAAAUUUCAAGCACAAAUGUCGACACUAAGUUUAAUAUAAGAAAGGAGGAGUUGUUGAGGCUGCCAAUGGAGGUUAAGCAAGAUGAUGACCUAGCAGCAGCAGCCGCAGAGGCAGCAGAUGGAAGGCCAGUCUACUGCAGAGAUAGGUAUUACAGAGCAUUAGCAGGUGGGCAAUAUUGCAAAUGGGAGGAUCUACUAAGAUAGAAUGCUAUACAACAUUGUCUUUACAUUAAAAUGAUCAUAUCUUUAUGGAUUGGAAUCAAGAGUUUGUAUAAGUAUCUCCAAUAUAUCAUAAGGGUGUGUGAAAUGAAGUAUCUGUAUUCUCUGAGCAGGACUUUACAUAGCUAAAAUACACAAGGAAGAACACAAGAAUAUGUCUCUGAGCAUUAUUGCAGCUUUAAAGGGAUACAUAAUAUUUAUGUUUCCAAUAA